CCAUGUCUCCACGCCUUUCGGGCGACAAGGUGACCUGGGUCGGCGGGCCGCGUCAGCCGGGUAUGGCGGCGUGGGGCCCGGCCGCGGCAGCGCCUCUGCUCCGCGGGAUCCGCGGGCUUCCUCUUCUCCACCACGUACAUCGGAUGUUUGCCUCUCAAACUGAGGGGGAGCUCAAAGUGACACAAAUUCUCAAAGAAAAUUUUCCUCGAGCGACAUCUAUCAAAGUCACCGACAUUUCAGGAGGCUGUGGGGCAAUGUAUGAAAUCCAAAUCGAAUCAGAAGACUUUAAGGAGAAGAGGACUGUCCAGCAGCACCAGAUGGUUAACCAGGCAUUAAAAGAAGAAAUCAAAGGAAUGCAUGGACUGCGGAUUUUUACCUCCGUCCCCAAGCACUGAACACAACCUGGCCAUGCGGCCACUGCUGCUGAAAACCUUUGAUGAACUUGACUGCCACCGCUCUUUCCUGGGCAUUGGCCAAAAGACAUUUUGUUCAGACAUUUCCAUAUUAUAAUUAUAGAGGAAUAUGUUAUCUCUUUAGAUAUUAAUUAAAGGCAACGGGCAACCGAAGCUUUAGAAGGGUUAUUUGCACUGCCUCUAGUUCCUUUAUUUCAGAGGCAAUGUUUCUCCAACGUGAUCUUGUCGUUGGACAGUUCUGUCCCGCUGCUGCAGAGGCAAUGCCAGCUAUUUUGUCUUGUGAAGGGUCAUUUAAAAAAAUAUAUAUAUAUAAUUUAUUUUAUUUUUUGUUGUCGUUAACCUACACAGCAGAACUUACACCAAUUCAAGUUUCUACAUGUACAGUUCAGUCCCAAUGAUUACAUUCUUUGAAUUGUGCAACUAUUCUCACCCUCCUUUUCUGAACUGUUCCUCCCUCAUUAACAUAAACUCACUGCCUGCUAAGGCUCCUGUCUAAUCUUUCGAGUUGCCAUUGUCAAUUUGAUCCAAUAAAGAUAGUUCUUAAGAGAG